GGUGACACAAUAAAGAAACUUCUAAGCUGCUUUUAGCACCCUCUCCCUCUCACUACAGAAUACCCCUAGCGGAAACAUUACGGACGAUGUCGUCACCGUCUCCGGGAGUUUCUCCGGUCCCCUUCAACUCCACCCCUUCGCCGCCAGUAUCUAACCUCACAUCUCCGCCUCCUCCUGACACGACCAACCAAACUGCUUCUCAGGCACCUCCACCGACGAGCUCGAAUGGUACUCUAACGCCACCGUCAUAUCCAAGUGGAUCUCAUGGACCGGCAGGGCCGUCGCAGGGCCGUCCCCGCCGGUACUGUCGGCGUUGAUAGUAGGAGUAGUGUUAGGUGUGCUGGCUGGUGUGGGUAUUUCUGUUUGUGUGUACCGGAGGAAGAAACGGAAGGAAGCGCAGAGAUUGUUGCUCGCUGGCCAACCCUUGCAAGUAGCUAGCAAAGAACAAUACCGCUCCCCCUUCGGACAAUAAAAUGAUGAUGUGGCCGAAGCUCACUCAUCCGCAAGGAACUCCUCCGAGUAACCAACUGCCACCAAUGCCUGGUAUUUUUGCUGAACAUCCUUCGACAAGCAGUAGCAUGGGCUCUGAUAAGCAAUUUCCACCACCAACUCCUGGAAUUGCUCUUGGAUAUUCACAGAGCACUUUUACUUAUGAAGAACUAGCCAUGGCCACUGAUAAUUUCUCCGAAGCCAACCUUCUUGGUCAGGGUGGUUUUGGCUAUGUUCACAAGGGAAUCCUUGCUAAUGGUACGGUGGUUGCAAUUAAGCAGCUUAAAUCUGGGAGUGGACAGGGUGAGCGUGAAUUUCGGGCCGAGAUUGAGAUUAUUAGCCGUGUCCAUCAUCGACAUCUUGUUUCAUUAUUUGGUUACUGCAUCACUGGAGCACAAAGAAUGCUUGUCUAUGAGUUUGUACCCAACUACACCUUGGAAUUUCAUUUACAUGAGAAUGGGAGACCAACCAUGAACUGGUCAACAACAAUGAAGAUUGCAGUUGGCGCUGCAAAAGGAUUGGCAUAUCUGCAUGAAGACUGCCAGCCUAAAAUCAUACAUCGGGAUAUCAAGGCUUCUAAUAUUCUUAUUGAUCAUAGCUUUGAAGCAAAGGUUGCUGAUUUUGGACUUGCCAAACAUUCUUUAGAUACAGAAACUCAUGUCUCAACCCGAGUGAUGGGAACUUUUGGUUAUAUGGCACCAGAGUAUGCCUCCUCUGGGAAGCUUACAGCGAAGUCAGAUGUCUAUUCCUUUGGUGUUGUGCUUCUAGAGUUGAUUAGUGGGCGUCGGCCUGUUGAUAGAACUCAAUCCUUUAUUGAUGAUAGCAUAGUUGAUUGGGCAAGGCCUUUGCUCAAACAAGCUCUAGAAGAUGGCAACUUUGAUGCUGUUGUUGACCCAAAACUGCAGGACUAUGAUUCUAAUGAAAUGAUCCAAAUGAUUUGUUGUGCUGCAGCUUGUGUACGUCAUCUGGGACGGUUUCGGCCGCGAAUGAGCCAGAUAGUUCGAGCUCUGGAAGGAAAUAUGCCUCUUGGUGAAUUGAAUGAGGGGAUCACUCCUGGGCUUAGCAUGGUAUACAGUUCUGCAAGCUCAGAUUAUACCAUUCGCCAAUAUGAGGAGGACCUGAAGAAAUUCAGAAAGUUAGCACUAGAAAGUCCUGAGCAUGAUAGCAGAGCGAACCCACUAGCAAGUACAAGCAGCCAAGAGUGCACUGAACCCACAAGCGAGUCUGGUCGGAAUCCAUUCCGCUCAAGCACAGAAGGCCAACAAACUAAACCAGAGAUGGAUUCACAAAGGAAGGAGGAAAACAUCAAAGAUACCUAGGAAAGGUCUUAAACAGCUGCCUACAUCACAUUCCUUGGUUUGUCAAAAGUCAUGCCUACUCUGGACAAACCACAAUUUUGUCGCCAAAAUGAGGUUGAUGUAUGAGGUAGAUAUAGGCUACAAAGGUUCAAAUUUCACGCGCACAGUUGAACUUAAAUGCCAUGGUUUAACUGCAUUGGCCUCGUGGGUUCAUUUUUCUGGACAAUAAUUAGGAUAGGUGAAACCACCACCGUUACUAUUCUUUAGAUUUGAUUACUCCCUUUAACUACUUGCUUGUAUAUUCAUGGAGCAUGUGGAAUUUUGUUGGAUGCCAUCCAGCCAGCUCCUUUUAUGGCCAGGAGAUAGCAGAUUAAUUAAAUUAAAUUAA